GCGUCGUAUGCAGGCCAACCCGAACACGCCUACCAAGAGUCUACAGCUGCGUCCAUUUCGCCUGACAUGGAAAAGAUGUAAAAAGUAAUGAAACGUGCUUCCAUGUGCAUUUUCUGACAAUAAUUUUAUACGAUGUCGGUAUAACGUCGCCAGUUUCAUCUGCGAAUUGUUGGCACACGUGGUGUUGCGGCAGGCGGCGAGAUUUCUCACCAAAAUGAGAGUGACUGGCAUGCUCCAUUAUGUAUCGGUCACUCUCGCAUUGACAACAUGGUCAUUUCUGGGAAGCUGCCCAACUUCGGCGAUGGUAGGAGGCUGGAGAAAACAAGAUGCUGAAAAGAACAUCAAAUAUCUGCCCUUCGCUUACUACGCUGUCGCAACUCAGACACAAGGCUUGAAGAACUAUAACACAGUCGUUCGUCUGCUAGAGGUGAAGACACAGGUAGUAGCUGGAAUCAACUACAAGCUGGUAUUCACUACAGCUCCAACAAAUUGCGUCGUUGGAAAAGUGCUCUAUUCACCCCAUGUGUGCACACCAGUUGGUCAUGAAGAUGCGCUAUGCUCUGCGACCAUUUAUGCUGUACCCUGGAUGAAACAGAUGAGCGUGACAAGCUACAAGUGCUCUAGUAUUAAGCUUAGUCAGCACCCAAUCUAGCAUGUACAAGUGCCUGGCGGCGCACAAAACAGCGCUAUUACAAAAAUAAAAUUAAAGUG